GCUCCCUCGGAGAUUCCAGGGAGUCAGCCUGCAGGGAGAGCCAGAGGGGUCCGGAGCAAGCCUGGAGGCUGAGGAGGCGAGUGAGGGAAAAAGAUCGAGCAAGUGGCUCCGGUGCCGAAAACAGGAGACGAAGGAACGCACAGCGCCAGCCCCAGCUCGACUCUGACUGCUGCCAAAGCCUGUUGCAGCGCGGCGGCUUCGAAGCCGCCGCCCCGGAGCUGCCCUUUCCUUUUCGGUGAAGUUUCUAAAAGCUGCUAGAGACUAGAAGGAAGCCAGGAAAGUGCCGGGUAGGACUGACCGCUGCCUUUGUCCUCCUCUCCUCCACCCCCACCCCUGUCUCCACUCCCACAACUGCUUCUGCCUGCUACUCUCCGUCUGCCCCCACCUCUCCCCUUCACCCCAGUCUGCACAGUGCUGCCCUCCGGUUUGCAGAGGUUUCUCCCUUAGGCUGAGAGCUGGUGAUCUAGCUGCACGUUGCAAAGAAAGCUUUUGGAAACCUGGAGAGUGGGGAACUCUUUGGGCUAUAGCGCUGCAGCCAGGACCUGGCUCAUUAAGCAGCACGGAAGGAGUGCCCCUUGUACACUCCCUCUUCACCUCUUCCUGCCUUCCCCAACCCCCACUCAAGAGUGCGGAGCCAAAAAUCAAAAGAUGAAAAGACUCUCAGGGCUUCAGUAGUUUUACGCAAAACAAAACCAAAUAAUAAUAAUAAAAAAACAAUUAUUAUUUGCACCUGCUUCACUGGAGCUUGAACUUGGAAAACAGAGGACCCUUUCCCCAAAUUUUUGAGCAUCUUUUGACUACCCUUUAAGUGUUCAGGGACAGACUCAGAGCCUAAGCCAGGUUGAUCCUACCCCUGCUCAGUUCGUGUCUUUCUCUGUAUGACACUUUGAGGCUGUCUGAGCGCUUUUUGCUUCUUUUAUUUUUGUUGUUGCUUUUUUUUUUCUCUCCUGCAAGUUUUCUUCUCUAGAGCUUUCAUCAGGUGGGCAGCUAGCUGUGGCGAUCUCAUCAUCACAGCCUGUUGAACUCUUCUGAGCAAGACAAGGGAAGAGAGUGUAAGGGAAUUAGAUCAAAGAGUCAGCCAAGCUCUAGGAUGGAGGUGCAGUUAGGGCUGGGGAGGGUCUACCCCCGGCCGCCGUCCAAGGCCUUUCGAGGAGCUUUCCAAAAUUUGUUCCAAAGCGUGCGAGAAGUGAUCCAGACCCCGGGGUCCCGGCACCCUGAGGCCGAUAGCACAGCACCUCUAGGCGCCCAUUUGCAGCAGCAGGAGACCAGCCCCCGGCAACCGCAGCAGGGUGAGGAUGGCUCUCCCCAAGCUCACAUCAGAGGCCCCACAGGCUACCUGGCCCUGGAGGAAGAACAUCAGCCUUCACAACAACACUCAACCUCUGAGGGCCACCCUGAGAGGGGCUGUCUCUCAGAGUCUGGAACCUCUGUGCCCACCAGCAAGGGGUUGCCGCAGCAGCCGCCAGUACCUCCGGACGAGGAUGACUCAGCUGCCCCAUCCACGUUGUCUCUGCUGGGCCCCACUUUCCCCAGCUUAACCAGCUGCUCUGCCAACCUUAAAGACAUCCUGAGUGAAGCCAGCACCAUGCAGCUUCUUCAGCAGCCACAGCAGCAGCCGCAGCCACAGCAGCCUCAGCCUCAGCCCCAGCCGCAGCAGCCACCGCAGCAACAGCAGCAGCAGCAACAGCAGCUAGAAGUGGUAUCUGAAACCAGCGGCAGAGUAAGAGAGGCAGUUGGGGCUGCCACCUCUUCCAAGGACAGUUACCUAGGGGUCAAUUCCACCAUAUCUGACAGCGCCAAGGAGUUGUGUAAGGCAGUGUCUGUGUCCAUGGGCUUAGGUGUGGAGGCAUUGGAGCAUCUGAGUCCUGGGGAACAGCUUCGGGGAGACUGCAUGUAUGCUCCGCUCCUGGGAGGUCCACCUGCUGUUCGACACACUCACUGUGCCCCACUGGCCGAGUGCAAAGGUUCUCUGCUGAAUGACAGCCCAGGCAAAGGCACUGACGAGACUGUUGACUAUUCCUCUUUCAAGGGAGGUUACUCCAAAGGACUAGACGGUGAAAGCCUGGGCUGCUCUGGCAGUAGCGAAGCAGAGAGCUCUGGGACACUCGAACUGCCCUCCACCCUGUCUCUCUACAAGUCUGGAGCACUGGAGGAGGCAGCAUCUUACCAGAGUCGCGACUACUACAACUUUCCGAUGCCCCUGGCCGGGCCUCCACCCCCUCCACAACCUCUCCAUCCGCACACCCGCAUCAAGCUGGAGAACCCACUGGACUACAGCAGCGCCUGGGCUGCCGCAGCUGCACAGUGCCGCUAUGGAGACCUGGCGAGCCUGCAUGGCGGGGGUGCCCCAGGACCCAGCUCUGGGUCACCCUCAGCCACUGCCUCAUCUUCCUGGCACACUCUUUUCACAGCUGAGGAAGGCCAGUUGUAUGGACCGUGUGGAGGGAGUGGCAGCGGCAGCGCCGGAGAAGCAGGCUCUGUAGCCCCCUAUGGUUAUGCUCGGCCACCACAGGGGCUGGCGGGUCAGGAAGGUGACUUUCCUGCAACCGAUGUGUGGUACCCCGGUAGCAUGGCCAGUAGAGUGCCCUAUCACAGUCCCAGUUGUGUCAAAAGCGAGAUGGGACCCUGGAUGGAGAGCUACUCCGGACCUUACGGAGACAUGCGUUUGGAGAACGCCAGGGACCACGUUUUGCCCAUUGACUAUUACUUUCCUCCGCAAAAGACCUGCCUGAUCUGUGGCGAUGAAGCUUCUGGGUGUCACUAUGGAGCUCUCACUUGUGGCAGCUGCAAGGUCUUCUUCAAGAGAGCUGCUGAAGGAAAACAGAAGUACCUGUGUGCCAGUAGAAAUGAUUGCACCAUUGAUAAAUUCCGAAGGAAAAAUUGUCCAUCUUGCCGUCUCCGAAAAUGCUAUGAAGCAGGAAUGACUCUGGGAGCCCGGAAGCUGAAGAAACUUGGCAAUUUAAAACUACAGGAAGAAGGAGAACCUUCCAGUGCCAGCAGCCCCACUGAGGAGCCAUGCCAGAAGAUGACGGUACCACACAUUGAAGGCUAUGACUGUCAGCCUAUCUUCCUGAAUGUCUUAGAAGCCAUUGAGCCAGGUGUGGUGUGUGCUGGACAUGACAACAACCAACCUGACUCCUUUGCAAGCUUGCUGUCUAGCCUCAAUGAACUAGGGGAGAGACAGCUUGUACAUGUGGUCAAGUGGGCCAAAGCCUUGCCUGGAUUCCGCAACUUGCAUGUGGAUGACCAGAUGGCAGUCAUUCAGUACUCCUGGAUGGGACUCAUGGUGUUUGCCAUGGGCUGGCGGUCCUUCACCAAUGUCAACUCCAGAAUGCUCUACUUUGCACCUGACCUAGUUUUCAAUGAGUAUCGCAUGCAUAAGUCCCGAAUGUACAGCCAGUGUGUCCGAAUGAGGCAUCUCUCUCAAGAGUUUGGAUGGCUCCAAGUCACACCCCAAGAGUUCCUUUGCAUGAAAGCACUGCUACUCUUCAGCAUUAUUCCAGUGGAUGGGCUGAAAAAUCAAAAAUUCUUUGAUGAACUUCGAAUGAACUACAUCAAGGAACUCGAUCGUAUCAUUGCAUGCAAAAGAAAAAAUCCCACAUCCUGCUCAAGGCGCUUCUACCAGCUCACAAAGCUCCUGGACUCUGUGCAGCCUAUUGCAAGAGAGCUGCAUCAGUUCACUUUUGACCUGCUAAUCAAGUCACACAUGGUGAGCGUGGACUUCCCGGAAAUGAUGGCAGAGAUCAUCUCUGUGCAAGUGCCCAAGAUCCUUUCUGGGAAAGUCAAGCCCAUCUAUUUCCAUACACAGUGAAGCUUUGGAAAUUCUGAUUUCCUUACCCCACCCUACCCCCUUUUCAGAUGUCUUCUGCCUGUUAUAACUCUGCACUACUUCUCUGCAGUGCCUUGGGGAAUUUCCUCUAUUGAUGGAUAGUCUGUCAUGAACAUGUUUCUGAGUUCUAUUGCUGGGCUUUUUUCUCUUUUCCUCUUUUUCUUCUUUCCCUAACUUCUCUCCCUAACUCUGCUUCAGACUCUGCACCCUGCUGUGGAUCCUAUCUGUGUGUUGAAUGGUGGUGUACUUCUUUAAAUCUGUGAUAAUCUUCAUGUGGCCCAGUGUCAAGUUGCGCUUGUUUAUAGCACUCCACUGUGUGCCAGCCACACUAACAUUUACUUACCUUAUGACAUGGGAAGUUUAAAGAGCUGAAUGUAUCCGGGGAAAACAAAAACAAAUGACACAAAACUCAAAAAAGUAAAAAACUUGUUAGGGAUUUUUCUAAAUAAAUAAUAGAAAUUCCCAAAGAAGCCAGCAAUGAGUAGAAGCAAGUGAAAAUUGCAGGCCUAUGAGCAGUCUGUUUUUGUUCAUCCCCUCAUUUACUACGAGGCUUUAUUUUUGCAAAGGCUAUUGCCUUUAGAGGACAGGGCAAUCCCAGUCCUAUGACAUGGAAAGACUAAAAGAAGGAGAUGACAAAGAGGGCAAACAGAUCACCAGUUCUUGCCCACAACCUUGGCUCCUGAGAGCCACACUGCUUGACUAUAGGGUAAUUCAUAGUACUGAAAAUGUUUCCCAUUUGAAAAUUUGUCUGCAUGUGAAUGCCUCCCCACCCAAGACCUUUUCUUUCACAAUCUCUGCCUCCAUCCUACUUUCUGAGACCUUUGAGCUGAAUGUUCUCUUUAGCCCAAAAUUGGCCACUUUCACUGAAGAGUCAGAUCAAGGAGGUAAGGGAGAGGAGAGAUCUGACACUUUGGAAGACUCCAUUCAGAUUGUCUAGUUUCCUACAUGUGAUCUAGAGAGGAUCUGGAGCUGGAGGUGAUGGCUUGGAUAUUCUCCUACUUAGCACACUGGAUAAUUGAUUUCUUAACACCACCACCUUUUCCUUAGCUUUAAAAGACCUAUGUACUUCAAGUGGCCAUAAGCUUCUUUCACCUUCCCUUCAGUGUUUUGUAGGCCACACUACAUUUCAGACAUGAUGAUAAAGCUUGUUCACUCCUUUUGGGCAUGUUCACAAGCUCUCUGCUAAAAUUCUCCCUACUAUUCAGGGUAGCAGGCCAAUAGUCCUGACAUCUGUCUCUAGAUUCAAGUAGUCUUAAAGCUUUCUUACCAAAUGUGUCUCAUCUGUAGUCAGAUCGCUGGAGCCCUUAGACAAACUGGAAAGGGCAUCAAAGGAAUCAGACAAACUGGGCGUCUGACCCCUGGCCCCCAGAGAUGACACCUUUUCAUCAAGUGGAUAAAUGCUCACUCCCUUCUGCAAAGCAGCUGAAGCAGCUACCCAGAUUAGGGUGGAAGAGAAAACUCAAUAACUCAGAUUGGAAUAAUGAUUAUCUUAGAACCAGAAACUCUGAAAUGUUCUGCUUCCAUCCAGCAUAUCCAUCUGCAGACGUCAUGAGAAGAGAGAAAACCAAGAGAAGAUACAUUUAACUAUUAAUCGUCAGAGACAAUGCCUAAAGCAGAUGGACAUCAACUAGCUAGAUGGGUACCAAUUUACUCAUCCUCUUCUGCUGCUGAUUCUAGGCUCUGACACUGACCAUUUUCACUUAGUUUUCUUCUUAUUGUUGCUGCCCCUCAUUCAGAGGAACAACGGACCACUGAGACUUUUUAUAAAAUCAUGCUUCCUUUGGAACUAUCUGACUUGUGGGACUGUGAUUUGCUACCACUCAUAAACUCAGGGUAUCCCCCUGGGUCACUGAUUUGAUACAGUCCUUUGACACACUUCUGUUCUGUGGUUUUUGUUCCCCAACCUCAAGUUCAAGGUAGACUAUGCAUGUAUUUCCUUAUCUUGGCCACUGCCUCCUCCCUUAGUUCAUUACUUCAUCUGUUAAAUGCAAGAAAUCAUGGACCAGUCCCUAACCUGCUCAUUGCAGCUGGUUUACUCUGCUUGUUGAGAAGAUAGUUUCUGAGUGACAUGAUACGAUCCACAUGGGUCUCCUUCCAUGGUUUCUGUGUUGAUAUUAAUAGCCAAAUGAAGUUGCAAAACAGCUUCUUUAAAUAACAAGGGAGAGGGCAACUAAAAUGGGUGAUACGCCAAUCCAAGACUGCUGAAAAAAACUGAAGCUGAUGGGUUUCCUUUCUGGGAUAGGACAGAGUUUGGUUUUCUUUUGAUGGAAUCAUCUUGCUUAAUUACAGAAUCACUUUUAGCUGUUUUAAGUAGAAAAAAAUCUUAACACUUUUCAAUUAAACUAGGUUUCAUUUUAAUAGUUCCUUUAUAUCUGUUCUGAAACAACUUUUAUUUUGAGGCAUAUGGAUUUGAUUAUAUCAUUCUAAUUCCUCACCUUGUAAAUACUAAAGGCUCUAUGUUUCAUUUCACUAUCAAACCUUUUAUCUUUAUAGAUUUCCCAAUUGUGACUCUUGCCUUUAAGAAUAUAUAUGCUUUUCAUUUGCAAAAACCAAAAAUUAGUGAAAUAAGCAGCAACAACUGGAUCACUUCAAAUUUCCAAGUUGCAAAGCUAGGGAUAAACAGCCUAAACAGAGCUUAAUGUCUACUGUUUUUGCCCUAGGAUUUGAGUUAGCCAAAGGAGGUUUUAGAUUGGCUCUGCUUUCUCACAGGUGGAAGAAGGGUGAUUCUGUUUUUCUUUUGGCCAUGUAUGUUUCAGCCAGUACAUUUGACAGAAGUCUCAUUUUUGCAUGUACUCUGCUCUACUUGUGGUUACUGUGCUCAACUAUGAAAGACUGGCCACAUCAGAUCCACUCACAUGGUGAGCUGAAUGGUGAAGAUCACUCACUGGACAAAUCAAAAAGACCAUCUCUGAAGAGGUCUGCAACAAUGGGUGGUGGAGAGUAAGAAUGAGAGAAAAACAGAAGCAAGACCGCUAAAAAGGAGUGUGAAGAAGCUCCUAUCUGGGCAGCAGACAGCUACAAAGGUCACAAAGUCUGCUCCAAGCAAAGAAUUGAACUAUAUGUAGCAGUUUCAGCUCUCUCUGUUCAUUGGACACCUCAUUGGAUCUGGCUUCUGAACUAGGAUGGGGUUAUAUUCUUUGUCCUACAGAUUUUCUAUGCCAUAGACAAUAUUGCUGUUCUUGGAAAGUUCAUUUUCGUAAGUUACUUUACUUUGAGAAAGGAAUUGUUUGAAGGAGUUUAUCAUUUAUCUUUGAAAAAAAUCAGUACUAUGUAUAUUUUUAUGUAUGUUCACUGGCACUUCAAAAAAGAGCUUUGCUCUGUCUUUUGUCCCUUGGGUAGUUGCUGCAGUUAAUUUUCCAGGUUGAGAAAUAAUGCUCUGAUGCCUGAGUCCCUCUCUGAACAUACUCUAUUUCUAAAUAUAUGUAGGCAUAUAUAGCAAAAUAUAUUUGACUUGUAUUUUAAGAUUUGUCUACCAUUCACAUGAUACUGAUACUACACAAAUGACCUGAAUUUAAGCUUCAAGUAGCUUCUGAGUGUUUGUUUCAUUAGGCACAGCACAUAUGUGGCCUUGUCCCCUUCUCUUCCUUGAUAUGAAGCAGGGCAUAAAGGCCUGAGCAACACUCUCCCUCUCCUCCCCAGCUCUCUGCAAGCAAUGCACUUCAGAAGACUCUUCAGAUAGCCCACUAACUCUCCCUGCAUGAUCCCACAAAGUUUGGGAAAAACAAGGGGCUGACUACUGAUUACCUUAGCUUGCCCAGGUGGGAGGGCACAUGGCCAAGGGCAUGGUCUUUAUGCUUGACCCUCAGUAGGAGGUCACAGAAAUCAGGAAUGCUAAAGCAGGCGAUAAAAUCCAGAUUUAAAGUCGAAAGAAGCCAUUUAGCAAUGGGAAAUUUCUUGGAAAAGGAAGUUUCUAGUGCUACUGCCUGUAUAAGCAGAUCUGCUCCCACCACUGAUCUCUUUGAAAAUCCUUGAAAUCAGUUGUUUUUGAGAAUAGACAAAGAGGCGACAGUAUCACAGUAUGUAACCAAAGAUUAACUUGUAUCUAAGAUACCAAAAUUUUUAAGGGCAAGGAGGGAGUAAGCUUUAGUGCCUCUUUGGUAAGCUUUCCAAAGACAGACUAAAUAACUUUGCUGGUGACUGAAUUAUUAGAGUUUUAUGGGCCUUUCCACCCUCACAAUAUUCAUAUUUGGAAGACUUGAAGAUACUUUGGAAAAUAGGAUUAUGGGUCUUUCAAUAAGUGAUUUUGUAAGUACAAAUAGCUUUCUCUUUUUUCUAGUAGUUUUUGAACAGAUUCUUGAAGCUCCAUCACUGCAUGGUUGGAAAUGGAGCUGGUCUUGGCCACUGUGUUUGCUAGUGCCCAUGUUAACUUUUCUAAAGAUAUGGAAGCUUUGUUGGGAAGAGGAGUACUUAAGGAUUACAUUUUGCACUAGAAGGACAACAGACAGAAACUCUUAUUUCUGACCAGUUUGGACUGCACAAAAAGGUCUCUGCAGUUUGAGGCAGAAGUUUGAAAUAUAUUGUAAAUGAGUAUUUGUAUCCAUGUUUGAAAAAUUGAAUUAUAUAUAUAGAGAGAUAUAAUGUGUUUUAAAGCUUUAUCUUUCUCUGCACCUUUAUAUUUGGCUCCAGGUCAUAUCUGAUGCCUUGUACUUGUAAGAGAGGCUGCAGUUACACUUUGGAAACUCUCAGAAUGGACAAGACACCUGGACUGAUCAGAUAACAAAGAUUUCUGCCCCUCUUAGGCCUGAUACAAGGCCUUACAAAGGGGUAGCGGGGGAAAAUGGGGUAGGGUACCUGAUGUAUUGCACUUUACUAGUCUAAGACAGAUGAAUGUGGAAAGGGUGAUGACGCUUUGGAACUGGCUGGAAUUUACCACAGGGAAGAGCCAGACUUGGGGCUGAAAGCCCACCCAACUGACUGGCCAGUGUCCUUUCAGUGUGACCUGAGCUAUUGGGAGAAGAAAGCAUAUUCCUUGGUCUUCACCAUUUUUGUGAGAGAAGAGUAGUUGCCUGCACUUGGGAACCUGGAGCAAGUGCUCCAUCUUUCACACCAGUUCUCUCCCCUGUGAUUGAGGUGCUCUUGCUACUGGGUGGCGGUAUCCUCUAAUUCUGGUUUGGGAUAUGUUUUGUAAUGAUUUGAAAAUUGAAAAUGUGUUUUUCUCUGUUAAAACUUAUCAUUGUACUAGAAGUUGUAUCUUGGUAGGUACAGGUCCACCUCUGCCCAAGGGUAGUUAUUAUUUCUUUUCACUAAAGAGUUUGACACUGGGGUCUGUUGCCCAGGAACUCCCAACUCUCAAUCAUUUCUAAGUGAAGGCAGAAAAAUCCACGUUAGUCACUUCUCUUCUAACACUUAAGGCAAGAUAACAAAUCACUUAAUUCCCCUACCCCUCAAAAGAGUGAUAGAUAAUUGAAUUUAACAGAUAAAAUUUUAUACUAAAAACCAAGCUUUGAUCCAGCUUUCAUUUUAUUCCAUUCACUUUGGCCUGAAAAUAGCUAAUAUGUGAUUGUUUUCUAGUCAUAAUGCAUUAUAACAGGGAUUGAGGUUCCUUUUUCACCCAUUUAUCUCCUAAUCUUUUGUAGAAUUAAAUAAAAAUAUUUUAAUGAGUGGCCCUGUAGCCUACAAAAGUUCCUACAUAAGCCACUUAACAAAACCAUCAUGUAGCUGCAGUUUCCAUUGGCCACUGAAGACUGAAACACUUAUAUGCAUAUUCUAGAGGAUAGAUAAUUCUGAACUGUUCCUGCUUCUCCAGUGGCACCCUCGUUGGCUGACUGCUUACCCACAGUCCGAGGUUCUAUACUCUGAAUAAUAGACAAACAUCGCUUGUAGUCUUAGAAGCUCAGCCCUCAGUGCUAGCUAUUCAAAAGUGAAGUGCUUUGGGGGUUUUCUUACUACUUUACUCACUUGGGUGCUGAAAGCAGUCACAAUUGGGAUUAAUUGAGCCAAAACUAGAUACAUAAAAGUACUCUCACUAUGUAGUGAUACCUUUCUGCUUUCCCUUAGACUGAAUAUUGAUUCGGGAGUGCCUUGGAUAUAACAUUCUUGUGCUGUCCUUGAGAUUAAUUUGUCAGCAGGCAAGAGAAGAUUAUGUAAACAGAGAUAAAAAUUAAUAUUUUGAUGUUGUGAGAAAAACGAUUAUUCAAAAAAUUUCAAAAGAAACAAUUUUGCUUGAAACUUCUUUCGAUGGGGCUUUAGUUCUCACAGUGGCUCUUGUCCCCCACUGGGCAGCAGGAACAGCCCCAAACGCUAGUGUUCUGUGCUCUUUUUGUAAUCUUGAAAUCUUUUGUUGCUCUAAAUAUAAUUAAAAUGGCAGAAACUUGUUUGUUGGAAUACAUGUGUGACUCUGGGUUUGUCUCUGCCUCUGCUUUCAGAAAUAUCCUUUGUGUGAAAUACUGGCCUGAUGAUCUGCCAAGUAAAACUUG